AAAGAAAUAUGGACCCAAUGAUCUGAUGAAGCAAUCUCGAAGAACGGCUGAGCUUACAGAGAAACGCAAACACCUCGAAACCCAAAUAAUCAUAAGAAAAUAUAACCAAAAAUCACCAAAAACCCAAAAAUCAGUGGCGGAGAAGAAGAAUAUUCCCUGUGAAUUUAUCCCGAGCUCUCUCUCGCCCGCUGUAUCGCUUAAACCCUUGCGUUCUUUCGCUCUCUGCUGCUCUCUCUCUCUCUGGUUUAAGGGUUUCGAUCAAAUGGGGACGCCCUUUCACAUUCCGGUCACUGCCGCUCAGGUGGGAACGUACUUUGUUGGGCAGUACUAUCAGGUUCUUCAGCAGCAACCUGACUUUGUUCAUCAGUUUUAUUCUGAUGCGAGUACUAUGCUUCGUGUUGAUGGCCAUUUCAGGGAGUCCGCCACUGCAAUGCUGCAAAUCCAUGCUCUUGUGAUGUCGCUUAGUUAUACCGGGGUUGAGAUCAAGACAGCACAUUCAUUAGAAUCAUGGAAUGGUGGUGUUCUUGUGAUGGUUUCUGGAUCUGUUCAAAUGAAGAAUUUCAAUCAAAUGAGAAAAUUUGUGCAAACUUUUUUUCUUGCACCCCAAGAGAAAGGCUAUUUUGUUCUGAAUGAUAUCUUUCACUUUGUUGAUGAGGAGCCAGUGCACCAUUAUCCAGCAGUCUUAUUAAGUCAGAGCAAUCUUGAUUCCACCUUGAAUGCUCCAACCACAGCUCCUGAGACAGUGCCCAAUUACUCACUGAAUGGUGCAGUCCAGGCCCCGCGAGAGUUUGCAACCCCAGUUGUCAAAGAAAAUGGUCACGUCGAUAACCGCAAGUUUGUCGAGCAGCAACUGCAGCAAGUUCCUGAGCCAAAAAGCAUUAUAGAGGAAAGUACAGCAGACGUAAAUUCUAUCCAUCAGAAUGCACCAACUGUUUCACCAGAUCCUUCCCCUGUUUCUGUUGAAGAACAUGCUGAGGAGCCCCAAAAGCAAACAUAUGCUUCAAUUCUUCGAGUUGCUAAAGGACAAGAAGCGCCCGCUUCCAUUGCUGCUUCUCAGUAUCCAGUUAGUAAGAGCACACCAUCUGCUUCAGAGAAAAACUACACUCCACCGUCCACCGCCCAGCAAUUAACUACAGCUCUCCAAAAUAACUCCGAAAGGGAACAGACAGGGGGCGAGUUCCCUUCUGUUGAUGAUGAAGGUGAAAUUAAGUCUGUUUAUGUAAGAAACUUGCCAUCCACUGUGUCUGCUUCAGAAGUUGAGGAGGAAUUCAAGCACUUUGGAAAACUCAGUUCUGAUGGGGUGGUUAUUAGGAGCCGCAAGGAUGUUGGUUUUUGCUAUGCAUUUGUCGAAUUUGAAGACGUCACUGGUGUCCAAAACGCUAUCAAGGCAGGUACUGCUCAGGUUGCUGGGCGUCAAGUAUACAUCGAGGAGCGGAGAGCGAACAGCAACGUCCCACACCAAGGAGGAAGAAGGGGUGGUAGAGGAAGAGGUAGCUAUCACACAGAGUCUUCUAGGGGGCAUCAUUCUAGCUCUCGGAGUUACAAUACAGGAGUUCGAGACGGAAGCGACCGUGAGUAUAUCAGACCGAGAGGCAACGGCUUCUAUCGACCUACUACUCGACAGGACAAAGUGAACCACAGCCACCAAAUAUCAAGAAAUGGAGAAAGUCCAUCAGAGUCAUCAUAGCUCAUCGUUUAGCAAAGCAACAGUUUUGGUUCUAGCAUUAUCAACAGAGGCACACUCACAUUACCACCUUGAAGAAUAAUUUGAGUCAGUUUAAGCUAAUAUUAUUUGUCUAAGGGAAUAUGAAUUGCAUCAUUAUUUUUUCCAUUGGGUUUCUUGAUUUAAACAACAUUUCAUGAAACUCACUGCAUUUCCUCAUUGUUUUAAAUAUAAUCAAAUUUUGUCUCUA